CUUCGACAUGCGCAUCUCAGUUCUGCCGAUUGUGAAAUCCCACCCGCAACCUCUUCUCAAGCACAUUUCUAUCCCUGCCACAUCCGCCUUCCAUCCUUCCGUAACACAACCCAACCUCGAUGGCAAAGAGCGAAAACUUCUCCCUCGCCUCAGUGAACGUUGGACGUCAUGGGCAUCAAAGAAAUGGGACAAUAUGAGCCGAAAACCAGCAGAGAGCGUUUCCAAGAGAGUCUGGAUAUGGGGAGAGAAAGUGAAGGAUUUUAUUGAUGCUGAUGAAUGGUUUCUGAAAGGAGUCCCGGGAGUUGACGAGAUUGAUUGGGACCAGCUUCAAGGCGUUACGGUGCCUGUUCACUACCCUAAAUCCCUUUUACAGCCACAAGUAGUAGGAAACUUUAAUGACCUCAUCAAUCGCCGCACCCCCCUCCAUCACCGUGGCCUAACACUCUCGAUUGUUUGUCUGCCAUUCUCAAUGAUGUUUGUCGUCUUUCCCGGACCCAAUGUUCCGCUUGCAUGGAAUCUGUUUCGUCUCUACUCAAACUGGCGAGCCCUCCAGGGUAUUCGAACAUUGAAGAGAUUGCAGACCGAGGACCGAAUCGUCUAUGUACAAGAUUCAGCGCUGGACAAAUGUUUAGAGACGUGGGGAGACAAAGAAAUUAUGCCUAGAGAGGUGGUGGAGAUGAUUGUCGAGCGUCAAGCCGCAGACGACUCUCUGAUACGGGAGUGGGAGAGGGCUGUGAAACAAGUCACCCGACGCAUGGAAAAAGCUGAAAGAAUAGAAAAGGAAUCAUGAUUAUUUAAUUAUCUUUAGAGAAGGGACAAAGAGAAAUGCUGGCUGGAGAAAGUGCUGUGGAUCCAAAGAGAGCCCUCCUGAUCUAUUGAAAAGAUGAUACAUUCAUGGCCAAUAUUCACUCAGCCUAUGCGUUUAAGAUACUGAUUAGAGGAUGCAGUCA